AUGGAAGAAGUCGUACCGAAAGAAAAGACUAGAAGGGCAACAGACGAGAUUGAGGUGAAAUUUCAUGUCAAACUCAAAUUCAAAAAGUUUGGGAUUAAGCCUUGCAAGCUUGAACACUCUCAUGAAAAAUUUUCUUGUUAUUCUCCAAAUUAUGCUGUUCUUAACAGAUACAGUACAAAAUACUAA